AUGAAAUCGAACAAAAAAGCAGUGAACGAGCAAAAGGAAUUGAAGCUGUUGCUUGACAUGUAUAAGGGAGUUAGUAAAGAACAACGGGACAAGGUGCAGCUCAUGGCGGCUGAGAGGAAAGCCAGGAUGGAGUUAGAAGACCAUCGACAGAAAGCUAAGAUGGCGCAGGAAAGCAAACGCGAGAGGCGCGUCGCGGAUGAAGACGCCCUUCGUAAGAUAAAACAGUUGGAGGAACAAAAGUACGAGCUACAGAAACAGUUAUCGUGCGCUAGACCUAACAAUGAUCCACUCAUGGUUUUCCCUAGACCCUUCGCUGGAUCACAGGAAGAAAAAGCUUUACUGAACGAGAUGGAGGUAACGGGACAAGCAUUUGAAGACAUGCAGGAACAGAAUUCCCGGCUCAUACAACAAUUACGAGAGAAGGGUGACGCUAAUUACAAACUUAUGUCAGAAAGAAUAAAGGCCAAUUCACCGCAUAAAUUGAAUUGA